GCCAAGUUUUCCGUAACCUCGUAUUCAGCAACUUGUCGUUCAUUCUUCAUGUUACAGUGGCGGAGGAACCGAGGAGGGAAGGGUCAGCCUCCUCCUUAAAAAAGAUGCUGAGGAGGAGAGAAUGUGAACUUCACUGUCAUCAUAGAGUUUGCAGCCCUCCACCUCCACCCCAGAAAAAUCCGACCAUCUUCCUUCGUCACCGUUAGUAUAACGUGACCCGGAUGUAAACAAGGCGUCACAAGGGUUUUCCCAACAACUUCAUGUUAUGUCAAGUUCCAUUAGUGAUGUGUCCAACUUACUUUGUAAAAAAAAGAUACUGACAAAAAGCAGUCAUUGCAGACUGGUAAGAGAUGAUAAAAGCUUUUAAUAUUUAUGACAAAAUGAACCUCUGAGCGCAAUGGAGCAUCGGGUCAACACUUUGUUCGGUUUGUCAUUGUUCAUCCUUCUGCCUUGUGCUUCAGAAUGGGGAUCGUAUGGACUAUCUCUGGACAAAUACAAUGGGUCCAUUAUCGUGGAGGAGAGUGUGAUGUCAAAGAUUGAGUUUUCAUGGCGAAACCUCACCGCACCUUAUAGGGCUUUUGUUCUUCACAAACCCACGGACUUCAAACAUUUUGUCACAAUAUGUAGAUUAUGCAGAUCGCAGGAUAACUGCACCAGCAGUAACGACCACGUGUGCCAGUGCUUGCAUCCUGACCACUUCAGGCUGACCAAGACGUUUAGAGUUGAGGACACGGGGCAGUUGCUCUUUCAGUUGUUUGAUAAGACACCGCCAAACACACUCGUUAAUAUUUCUGUCAUACCGAAGACCACGACUACUACUACGAUCACCCCACAUCCGAGCAGGACGACCAGUCUCUCAUCAUCCACACACUCCACACCAGUGGCGAAGUGGAAGUCGAGCUCAUCAUCCACUACCAGAAAACCGAUGAGUUCCUCUAGCGGAAGUGACGUCAGCGCGACUGCGCAACACGCCGGUGCCAUCAUCGCGAUUACUGUCGCCAUGCUGUGCGUCAGUGCGGUCGCCAUCGUGUCGUCCGUCGUCAUGGGUUACCGCCUGAGGUCCCUCCGUCAGCAGGCGAGAGACAUGAAGCAGGAAGCUGAGACUUUCGAUGUCCCUGGUUACUCGUAACAAGCACCGAUGACCAACCCAGACCUUAUUUCAGGCUUCAACAUUUGUAGGACAAACAAACAAACAACCAAGCAGGCAAACAAACCGACGAGAAAGACAAAAAGGGUUAAAGUUGAAGUUGUGAGAUCGAGAAAAUGCUGUGACAAUGUUUACAUAGUAGCUACUUAAUUUAAAUAACUGUUUCCUGAUGCAGACCACGUGUGCGAAGAUACUUGUGUUGCAACAAAGGAAUGAUUUCCUGCUACUGAAGAAACAAUUUGUGUGAAGAUGUACAUCACACUUUUACAAUAAACAACAACUUUUCCCCUGUGUGCCGAGAUGUUUACAGUCCCUCUCCAAUGUCCUACUACUAACUUUUCGUUAGAGCCAAGAUGGUUGUAGGUCUGAUACACUUUAGAAAACCUUUUUACUAGAAACAUCACGGGUUUUUAUGCGAAGAUAUUUACAUGGCUGUUCUGAUACAAUGAAGAAAAUAUCCGGACUGAGAAACACAGAAAAAGAUUUAAUCGUCCACUCAUCUUGUUAGGUCGUUGGCCCACACGGGUAUCGAACUGGCGGGUCUCAGAAUUCAGUGUUGUAACUAUCCACUUCCACAGUCAACACAAGUCUUAUGAGAAUGUUUUCAAGUAACUUCAGAUGUGAAGAUGUUCACAGGACUGCUGUUUUUUAGAACAACAAACUUCUAAUGAGGACGAGUGGUUUAUUCAAAUAUUAUAAUAAAUAUUUAUUUAUUUGUAUUUUAUUAUUAUGCGUGUUUAAAUACAAGCAUGUUUAAGGUGACGAAGAAAACAAUGGUGAUGAAAGAGUGACAGUAUUAAAUGUGAUUUGUUCUUGAAACGAAUAAAACGAU